UUUGCAUAAAUUUGCAUGAAUUACAUCUUUUUCUGGUGACUGCGUUCUUUGAAGGGCAGAUGUUUUCAACACAUUGUCAUGCCAAUCAUAACGUGUGGAAUUUCAUUAAGAUACUCGUAUCUUUUGCGCUGUGUUUGAGAUUAUAGGAUAAAAACUUUAAAUUUAUUCAUUUUGUGAAGAAAUUUCAGGAGAGAAAGUUUUGCAAUUAGUGAUAUAAACAGUAGAACUUCGUUUAUUUGAUUUCUGAAGUUACCAUGACUACAAUAAAACAUCCGCACGUGCAAUGAAAAUGCAGGACUAUAUUGUUUCCCGUUAAAUUAUUGCUUUGAAGUGCAACGAACAAAGAAAUCAGUGUAUUUCUAAUAUUUACUAUGGAUGUAUUUGAAGUGCUUACUUUUUUCCUCUUCUUCUGUGUGGUUUUAUCUGAAUUUCAUUGUCCAAAACAGUUGCAGACGGCAGGUUGCUCGUGCAAGCAAUUAAUAUGGUGGAAUAAUGACAACAAAACAAUAGUCAAUUGCAGCAUGGCAAAUUUACAAACAGUUCCUGAUUUUAAAGUUUUGAAUACGUAUGAAAUUACGCAUCUUAUUUUAAGCAAUAAUAACAUUUCGGAAAUGACGUCUGGAGAUUUUACUGACUUAAUCAUAAAGGAAAUGGACAUCAGUGCAAAUCCUAUCGUUACUUUUGAUACAGUUUCUUCCAUAUUACCAAGACAUUUAAAUUCACUAAUAGCAAAGAAAAGUAAAAUUUCGUUGGAUAAAGAUCUCACGUUUUUCAGAGGAUUAGAAAACCUAACUGAACUCAUCCUCGACAAUAAUGUUUUGGAGAAUAAAAACCAGACACUUCCAGGAAAUAUUUUUGAGGAUUUGAAUCUAAAGUCAUUGAAAAAGCUUAGUCUACAAAGUUGUGAAAUUGGUGGAAUUCAUUCAAAAGCUUUCGUUGGAUUAAGACAACUCGAAGAGCUAGAUUUGAGUUAUAAUUACUUAGAGGAAGUUCCGGAAGCAAUUAAAAGUCUUCAACAUUUAAAGAAGUUAAUUUUAUUGGGAAAUAAUGUUAUGCAUUUAAAAGCUAAUACAUUUCAUGGAUUACAACACCUACAAGAUUUGAAUCUUAAUGUGAAUGAGAUAUCUAAAAUUGACGUACAUGCUUUUUCUGGACUAGAACAUUCCCUAAAAGAUAUAAGACUUCAUUAUAACAAUUUGAACACUAUUCCAUACGAGGCAUUACGAAAAUUGAAAAACUUGUCGUUCCUAGUCUUAUCUAGAAAUAAUAUCACAUUGAUUCCAAGAGAUGCUUUCGUUGGAGUGACAAAUCUAAGAAUAUUGGAAUUGGAUAGUAAUACACUUACAUAUUACAAUGAAAUGUUUAAUGGAUUGGAAAAUUCUCUGGAAACUCUGACAUUGCGCGAAACGGGACUUCUGGUUCUUCCGGUACGAUCGUUAUUGUUCUUGAAACGCUUGACCGACCUGGAUGUGUCACAUAAUAAGAUUAAUAGCUUGUCAUAUGGGGAUAUUGGAAAACUGAAGUUGAAAACUGUUGAUCUGAGUCAUAAUGAUUUGACUCAAAUCCACCCUGAUACAUUUAUUGGAAUAAGUCGGACAAUCGGACUUGAUUUAGAUAAUAAUAAGCUUUCAAAUUUAUCGUUUGUAUUGCAUGUUACUCCGUGUGCAUUUAGUUAUAUUGAUGUCAGCGGAAAUGACGUCAUAUGUGAUUGUGACACAGAGAAAAUAAUAAAUAGUGGAAUUGUGUUAGGUGUUGGGCCAACUGGCAUUUGUAGAAUAGGAGAUGAUCUUUUGAACCAUAAAUACAAAUUAGGAACAACAGCGUUAUCUAGAGAACUCGAAGAUCGUUGUAAUAGAACCGAACGCGUAUUUGAUUGCCAAACCAUGGAGCUUCGAGCAAGCGCUGCAUCAUUAUUUGCAAAAUCUUUAAAUUUAGUUUUUACAUGUACAAUAUUCUGUUAUUUUGUAUACAUGUACAGGUGAAAUUCAUGUGAGCAAAAUUGUGAAUAGAUAUCUUACUUACCAUCAGUCGGCAUGACAUUAUUAUGUUGAUACGGUAACGGGACAGGAUGCAGACAGUCCUUACCGUAAACAAACAUUCCUUAAAGUUCAAUUUACCUGGAUUUUAACUCUUCCAGUGUGCAUAAAACUACCUAUGACUACAUGGUUCUUGCAUCGCGAUUUCUUUUAGACAUGAGGAUAACAUAAAAAGAAAGAUGUUCUUCAAGAACACACAAUAUUUAGACUGAAAUCUAUGCAGAGUUUUACUUAGUAGAGUUGUUAAAUAAUAAAUGUGUUAGAAUUUUG